AGAUAUAUUUCCGUUUCACACGCACCGUAGGAUUAUUGAUCAUAUCGGACAUGUUAUAUAACUGACGAAACCGAUCUCUUAGCGUUACGCAAAAAUCCUAAGAGAUUGGCAGAGAAGAACUCCUAAGAGCAUGGCGGCAACUGUGAGCGUGUGGGGAAAGCCGGGAGCUUGGGCCUUGGAUUCUGAGGAGAAUGAAUCCCAGCUUAAGCAGCAGUCAGUUAACGACGACACCCAAUCUAAAGGUAGCGGCGGCGGCGCUGCGGCGGCGCUUUCCGAUUUCCCUUCACUGGCUACCGCCGCCGCCGCCAAGACUAAGAAGAAGAAGCCGCAAACCUUGUCUUUGCAGGAGUUUUCCACUUACGGCUCUGCUAAGCAGGUUCAGUCCGUAGGCCUCACACCUGAUGAGAUGGUUUCUCUUCCGACUGGCCCUCGCGAACGAACUGCUGAGGAGCUCGACCGCUCUAGGCUCGGUGGUGGGUUUAAAUCGUACGGUUCUUCGUACGACAGGCCGGCUCGGGGCUCGUCGGACGAGUCUGGCCGGCGAGGCGGGUUCGGUAGGGACUCCAGUCGUGAAUUUACCCCUUCUCGCGCUGACGAGACCGAUGACUGGGGAGCAUCCAAGAAAUUUACACCCGGAAACGGUUUUGAGAGAAGGGAAAGAGGGGAGAGGGGAGGGUUUUUCUCUGAUUCGAAUUCCCGCGCUGACGGGUCCGAUAAUUGGGCGGCGAAUAAAUCCUUCGUCCCGUCCGAGGGUCGGAGGAUUGAGAGGAGAGUCGGGUUUGAAUCAAGCGGCGGCGGUGCUGAUUCAGAUAAUUGGACAAAGAGGAAGGAAGAUGAAGGACGGAAAUUCGGUGCAUUUGAUAGUUUAAGAGAGAAAAGAAUGAAUAAUGUUUCAGAACCCGAGGCUUGGGGGAGAAAGAGAGAUGACAGUAAUGGCAGACCAAGGCUAAAUUUGCAGCCCAGGACAAUUCCCAUAGGUGAAGGGCAGCAGAACGACAAUGGAACCACAGGGAAGCCAAAGGGGUCGAACCCAUUCGGGCAAGCUAGGCCGAGAGAAGAGAUUCUGAAGGAGAAGGGGCAAGACUGGAAGGAGAUUGAUCACAAGCUGGAGUCUUUAAAGAUGAAGGAGGCUGGAAAGAAGAGUUCUGGGAGCAGUAAAGAAGGAGCUUCUCCUGAGAAGAGGACAGAAAGGAGUUGGAGGAGGUUUGAUAUGAAUGCUGAUACUCAUUCCAGAGCUGAGAACACUGUAAAUGGAUCUUCGGAGGAAGCUGGAGCUGGAGAAUGCAAAAGUUACGCUGAAGCUUGCCAACGAGAGAACUAGUGGUGCAGAAAGGGUUUUGAGAUGCUAGGCUAUGAGACAAUACACACUUCUAUUUUUGUUAAUAAUCUGUAAGCUUGUUUAAUUUCUUCCAUUGUGUAGUGGAAAAAGUGAAGCAAUUUUUGUAGACCUACAAAAUUAGAACCUUUAUCUGAUGACUCUGCUUAUGUUCUAGUGAAUGUGGAGUCGAUACAAUCAUUUGUUAUUACAAACAAGAACAAGAAUAAAAAUGUGUUUAGAUUGGUGUCA